UGCUCCCUCCUCCCACCCCACCCGCCACAUCACAAGUGUGUGUUCCCCUUAACAGUUGAAAUUAUCCGGCUUCGAUAGAACAGUCAUCCACCCCCCCACGAGAGUCAAGACAAAAGUACCUCUGAAGAAUUAUUAACAGAGAAGAAAUUGAAGGAUUGACCAAUUUCAUUGAGAAUUAAUCUCUUCUCGUUCAUGUCAAGUGAUAUUGUGUAAUAGCGAGUGUGGGUGCAAGAAUAUUUGCGGAUGAGGGGGAAAGAGAGGGGAAAACAUUUUUGUGAGGUUUAUGUGAGGGGGUCUCUGACAUCAUCGGAAAAAUAAACAGCACGAAGCUGUACCUGUACCACUUUCCAAUGCAGACCUUGAGGAAGAAAAAUAGUCCAUGCAAGUUCAAAAAAGAGCCGACCCGAUUUCUCGGGGAAGGCGUGUCCUUCAAGGCAAAACUGAUUGGGAUACUGGAGGUAUCAGAGGCACGCGGUGACCAAAUGUGUCAAGCGGCACUCGCUGAUUUAAAGAUGGCAAUAAGAGCAGCCGGUGAACAUAAACAACGUAUUGCUGUGCAAGUCAGCAUCGAUGGUCUUCGGUUACGUGAUGAGAAAACUGGAGAAUGUUUAUAUCACCACGCAGUUCACAAGAUAUCAUUCAUCGCUCAAGAUCGUUACGACUCACGUGCAUUUGGGUAUAUAUUCGGCUCACCCGACACGGGCCAUCGAUUUUUCGGAAUAAAGACGGACAAAGCAGCGAAUCAAGUCGUAAUGGCGAUGCGUGAUCUCUUUCAAGUGGUUUUCGAGUUGAAGAAGAAGGAAAUGGAGUUGGCAAAACUACAUAUCGAGCAGAAUGUGGUGAAAUAUCAUACUAGUGGAAUAUUUGUCGAGCCGGCACCAGAUACGAAGGGAGCGGCAGGAGUGGAGGCUUGUGUGCAUCGCAUACGACCGUGUGCUGAAGCAGAGAGAUCACUAGAAAAGAAAUCGGAAAACCGCAGUGGUGUGAUAGCAGAUCUUCUGGACCUUCAGUUCGAAUUGAAUUCAUUACAGCAGGGUAUUCAUCAGAUGGACAAGCUAACCCCCGAAAAUCCUAGACCCGCCUCGGAGGAUCCAUUUGAGGCCGAUCCGUUCGGCGAUUCAUUCACAAACAUGAAAGUUAAAAAUUCAGUUCAACCGAUCCUACCACCUCCUCCAUCUUCGGCAAAACGCAGUCAUCUUGAACGACAAGCGACCAUACCAACACCCUCAUCAUCAACUUCCAGUCCUGCUACCGUAAUGCCUAGUAAAACACCACCACCACAAACAUCCUUACAGUGGUUAGAAAGCGAGACUGAGAAAAGAUUUAGUGAUGGAGAAAUAUCUAGUCUUACAGGCGGUAUGAAUGAUAAAGAAGGUAAGGCAAAUGAUUCUGAAAAUGGUUCAGGUUCAUCAUCAACGGCAGCUCGUAAGAGUCCUCAAAUUGAUGUAUUUACGGAAUUAGAUCCAUUGGGAACUGGCUUAAGUAAACCCUACAUAGAUAAAAAAGACUUCUUCCAACAUCUGAAGAAUCCACCCAAGAAAGUCCUAAAAGAACUAGCAUCAACUUCAUCAACCGACACAUUCCCAACUAAUUUUCAUCUUUCAGACUCACUGGAUCCACUCAAAUCGCGAGAUGCUAAACAAGGUGAUCUGUUCGAAGACGGAGAUUUUGCCAAUUUCGACAAAUUUGAUGAACCUGAAACAUACUCAACACCUAAAACACAAUCACCACAGAUGAGUAAAAAGUCACGUUUAAUACAUCAUCAGCCUUUAUCUGUAUGCUUACCACCAGAAGAUAUUGCAAUUUCCAAAAUUCGAGACAGCUCUGUUAGAUUCGAAAGAGAAGUUUCUGAACCAAUAGCAUCAUUAAUACGUUUACCGAGUCCUAAGAAGUAUCAGUCGUCAAUUCGUAAGAAAGAUUAUGACACAGAUUUACCUUCAGCCUGUCGUGCUCAGUCAAUUGACAAAACCUUCCCAGUUGAUUUCGCCCAUUCAACAGAAUCUCCAGCUUCACCACUUCGUUCUUGUUCUUCAGACGCCAAUUCUCGGAUCUCGAUUUCUAGCGCCGAGCUUGAUAUAGUUCCAGAGCCUCCGCCUAGAGGUGCUGGUAGCAUUCUGAUAAAUCCCCCUCCACUUCCGCCGAAGAAGCAAGGCGUCAGAGCGACGGGCAAACCCCCGCCUAGACCACCUCACAACGAUAGCCACUUUCACUAUGACUUCAUCGAACGAGAAGAGUCACCAUCAACAUCACCUGUACGAAGCCAUCGUCCAACAAGAAGUCCGGAUAUGGAAACGCUUAAAGGUCGAUUCGACGAUAACUUCAGUCCUCCAUCAUCGAAGAUUCAAUCGAUAAAUGCUAGUGCUGCAUCAUUCGAAGAUUCCUUCAGCUCUAUGAUCCCGACCACUCUAUCAUCCCUCUUCAAGAAGUCAUAUUCAUCAUCUACUGAAUCUAGAAAGAAGCCUUCGUUAGAUAUAACGCUUAGCCAGUUAACGUCUUCAAAUCUUGCUGAGUUAGCAACAAGUUUGGACAUGAGCGUUGGGGAACUUACGAGUUUGACACUUCAACAAUUAACUGAAUGUCUGUCUAAACUCUCCGCGAAAGAACAGCAAGCCACACCAACUCAACCGGUCAAAGAAUUUAGGGAAGUUGAACAGAAACCCGAGAUUUCAAGAACUUCGAAAACUUCGAUUACCGCGAAUGAACCGCUAUUCACAGCUAACUUUGAUCAAGAUAUAAAACAACCAGAAGAUCCUAAAUACGAUAAGUAUGCAGUUUUCAGAGAAUUGUUAGAAUUAGAACAGAUUAGAACUGAUUCUAUCCAACAAGAGACUAUAGACGAAGGGAUUAAUGAUUUCGAUCGCAAAGAGUCGACAGCGCAGGAAGAAAUGGUGCAUGACGUAGAAUGUAAAAUUGAACUGAAUAUCAAAAUAGAUGUCGAUGAAGUCAUACCAGAUGACAUCAAGAAAUCCGAAUCAAACGAAGUGAUGAGAGAGUCGCCGACCGAUGAAAAAGCGGAUAGUGUGAAGACUCCAGAAGAGUUGGACACCAAGAAUGACUCGAUAGAAAUAGAAGAAAUGAAAGAUCCUGAUGAAUCUGAUGAAAAAUACCAAUCAUUAGAGAAUUCAGAGUGUGAGAAGGUCCAGCCAGAAAUCAAUCAAAGCACACCGGAAGCGAAGGACGAGAAGAUUGAAGAGACACUCAGGAAAAUGGACAAGAAAUCGUCGCCAACAACACCCAAUGACCGCUACGCAGCACUGAGAGAAAUCAUAGCUGUUAUACAACCAAUCAACGUAACGGAUGAGAAACCAAAGAGUCCAUCGCCCGUAAAUACGUCCAAAAGUUUAGCUGAACAUGACUUGAUGAAGCUUUUCUCAGCGCCUCCAUCUCAACCUGCAAGUCCUAAAAAGAUCAACAAGGAGGAAGUUGAUUUGAAAGCAGCUGCUUCCGAUAUUUUCCAGGAAAUUCGAAUGUUGAACAGUAGUGUAAAUAAAUCAAAUAAACCUUCAACACCCGCAUCCGGUUUCGAGGAUGUAUUCUGUCCAUUUGUAGAGCACGAGAAGAAUCGUGAGGAAUCGAAGGACGACGGAAAUUGGGCAAAAUUUGAAAGUGGAGUUUUCCAUUCGGACAAGUCAUCAUUUGAGGCACAUGGAUCAUUGGGUGGUACAUCACCAUGGUCGCCUGACGAAAAGGAAAUUCAAAAAGAGUUGGGCUUCAAAACAAGCGUGCAACGACAUUCCGGUGAUAGUGAUAAUGAAUGGAAGGAUGAGGAAGAGUCUGAAGAGAGUAACGGAAGGGUUCGGGACGACGGACUAUGGAGACAUCCACCGACGAGGUUCGACUCGAGCUGUGAGGAAAGUACUUACUAUGAUGCUAGCGAUAAGGAUCAUCACUUUCGAGACAGAUCACUUCGAAAGACUCGAGGGGUACCGUGGACCAAGACACCACACAGACCUAGGCUUGAUCCAUCUCCGUGGCAUGAGGAAAGUCGUUGGGAGGACGAACAUAGAAGAUAUCCACUUAAAAAGAUUCCUUACAAAGAUGAGGAGGAGCGGAAAGCUCAUUGGAAAUGUAGGACUGGCCAGAGACCGCCGUGGAACGGCGAGCGAGAUCCUAAUUUCAGGGGUCAUGAUCAUCAGUUCUACGAGGAAGAUCGAGGCAAGCGAAGAAUGAUGCUGUGGAACGAGGAUGAUCGGGAUAGAGAUCGCGAUCGUGAUCGUUUCAGUAGUCAAGAAAGUAUGGGCUACGAUGAUGAGGAAAGAUGGUCAAUUCGAGAAUACGAGAGGAGAAGGUGGGAGGAGGAAGGGCGGUUCUGGAGGGGCCGAACGGGUGGUGACGCUGACUAUCCGAUAUACAGAAAACACAAUAUACAUUACUGCAGAGACUCCAGAGACAGACCGAUAGAUUAUAAUCCACCUGGAUGGGAGGAGGACUAUGGUCCUGAUCGUUCCGAUAAUUCUCCAAGGUAUGUAACCAGGAAGAGACAUUGGCCCAAGCGUCCAAACAGUGCUAAUGAAGAUCGUAAUGCAGAGGUUGUUUAUGCUGAACAUAGAAUGAAAUACGGAAUGUCGCGGUCUGAGUGUAGUGACAAUGAUUCUGACCUCUAUCAUCGGCCGUAUAGGUCGCGAAGUCGCGAAAGCUAUUGGGAGAGCGAUCAGGAAUUCGAGAGUUGGGGGGAACGUCCUUAUUGGUCGGAAGGACCCGAUAUGAAGAGUGAAUCGUUGCACCGCAGGAGAAUGAAUCGACACAAACAGGCGUCGAGACCUAAACCCCAAAGUUCACCUUUCGAGGAUGAUUUCACCCAGGGCAUCGAUCAUGGACAGGUGGAUACACCAAUUGUUUCGGAGAAUCGAGUACGAUCGGAUACAGAAAAUAAACAGCCUGUAAGUCCUCGCAAUACUCAAGAGCACAUUAGGAAGGAUGUGAGGAAACAUGUAAGGUCUAGCUUCUUUGAUGAUGACUUGACGCCGUCGGCAUCUAGUGAUACUUCGGAUAGGCAACGACUUGGUUCGGACCUCAAGGCAACACCCGAAGAUCUUUCCGUUGAUCCUAGAGAUCCAACAUCAGCAGACAGUUUUGUGUCCGAAGACAGUGGUAGAGAUUCCUUUUUCAAUGGUGAUCCUCGAUUCGAUGAUGAUGCUUUUGCAUUUAGAUCAGAAAUGGCUGAUAGUGUACCGAACAAGUCCGCCUUGCCAUUGAAGAACUCGAGACAAAUCAAGUACGGCAAUAAUAGAAUCAAGGGUGAUUACGAUAUCAAAAAGUCUGAAUCGGUUAACAUAUUUGUUAGGGAGAGCGAUCCAUUUGACGAUGAUGAUUUUUUCAAUUAGCAAAAACAACUGAAUCGAAUGAUUCCGCGAUCAUUAGAUUAUCAAUAAAUGGAGUAAUAUCAUUUUUCUUCAUACACAUGAGUAUCGCUUGUGUGGGGGAUCAAUGAUUUUGUCAGUUUUCUAGUCACAAAGAGUAUUUAAUUUUAUUUAAUUGCUUGAUGAUUUUUCGCGUUUAUUUGAUAUCAAAAAAUUGAUGGAUAUUAGAAAAUUGAAAAAAAAAUAGAUAAAAUUGGUGCGGUAAUUUGAUUGUUAUGUUUGGAUAAUGAGUUGAUAAAAUAUGAGAAUGGUGAUAUGAAGACUGCAGAAAUACUAAAGUAUGUUUCAGACAACUCACAGAAUGAUAAAAUAGAGAAAAAACCUCGUCGCAUCAUCAGAACAACAAAAUUUUGUAAUCCUUUGUUAACAAUAAAAUACAAUGGCACAAAAGGGAGAAAAUGACUUACGAAACUGGAAAAAAUUGCAUCAAUGUAUCUGACACAAUUCCAUCAGCUAAUAAAAUGGAAUCAUUGUCAAUCAUAAA